CUAAGAUAGUUUUGGAGUCUCUCACUUUCAAAUUUCUACUCUAAUUCCAACAUUCAGUUUCAGUUUUUUUCUUUCUGCCUACGUCGACGGAAAAAGCCAAAGAGGAAGGAGAAAUGGAGUCAAAGAAUUACGGUCACCAACAUCCCCUGCUUCUGCUUUUGAAUGAAGAUCAGCUGCUGGUUGUAGCGAACUGCUCAAGGUGUGGCGAGGUGGUGUCAACCCCAUGUUUUAGCUGUGCCGAGAAAUGUGGGUUUUACCUUCACAAGGUAUGUGCUGACGCACCUUUUGAGCUUAAUCACCCCUUUCAUCUCGACCAUCCACUUCUUCUUACUAAGAAUCCAGGUUAUCCAACAGAGUACUAUUGUAAUUUUUGUGGUAAAGAUGAUGAUAAUUUUGUUUAUCACUGCUCUUGCGAAUUGGACUUUCAUAUUAAAUGUGCUUUGUUUACAUUUAAUAUUGCUGAGAAUAAUUUGAAAGAGCUUGAGCAUGUUUCCCUUCAACAUCCUUUGAUUUCCACCGAAAAUGGUGAUAGUAAGUGCUUUGUGUGUUGGGAACCAUUAGCAAAGUACACACACUUUUCUCCUGACUGUGGAUUUAAUUUACAUGAGAAAUGCGCUAAGCUUCCUUUCAAACUGAAUCAUGGGUGCCAUCGCAAGCAUCCUUUUGUUCUACAAUUAAAUAGCCAACUGCUGUCUUGCAAGAUUUGCGGAGAAACCUGUCGAGAGGGUCUAGGAGUUGUUUAUGGUUGUUCACCUUGUAAGCUUGCUGUUCACAUUGAAUGUGUAUCAGCAACUUUAGAUCUUGUUGUUGAAGACAAAAGCCAUGAACAUCCAUUCAAUUUGUUUCCAAGACGAUCAUCAUUCAUUUGUGAUGCAUGUGGUACCGAAGGAAUCUGUGCUGCCUACAUAUGUUGUACAUGCAAGAUUAUGGUUCAUAAAAACUGCACUUUAUUGCCACGCAUCAUCAAAAGCAAGUGGCAUGAUCAUCGCCUUUUUCACAAAUAUUUCCUUCCGGAUGAAUUUAGAAGUUCAGACUGCACUAUUUGUCAUGAUGAAGUCGAUCCAGAGCAUGGUAGUUAUUGUUGUUCACAUUGCAAUAUUACAUUCCAUGUGCACUGUGUGACAGAGGACAAAGAUUCAUAUUCAAUAGUUUCACUAGAAAAUGAAGAUGAGAUGCCCAAUGAAAGUUCCAUCAGUGUUAUUGAGAGGAACGAUGCUGGAGAAGCUACAAAAAUAAAGCAUUUCAAGCAUAUGCAUAAUCUAAUGUUAAGUCCCUUUGUUGGAGGAUAUGAAAAUAGUUGCCACGGGUGUAUGUUGCCAAUCUCGGAUCCAUUUUAUUACUGUUCAGAAUGUGGCUUUUGUCUUCACAAAGCGUGUGCCGAGCUACCUAAGAUGAUGAAUGUUUGGCAUCAUGAUUGCCAAGAGCCUCUCGCCCUUAUUUCAGACAAGGUUUUUAAGUGUGAAGAAUGUUGGGAUGUAUCUAAUGCCUUUGCUUAUGAAUGUUGUGGAUGUGAGAGAAAAACAUGUCUCCGAUGUGUGAAUGCUCUUUCUCCUGGUGCUCGAACAUGUUUGAAACAUGAACACCCCCUAUUUUUCUACAGAGGCCACGAGGGGAAAUGUAAUGCUUGUGGUCAACCUACAGAUGGAGUACUUCGUUGUAAGGAUUGCAAUUUUGAGCUACAUAUUGAAUGUUUUUCACUUCCAAUUACAGCUCGCCACAAAUGCGAUGAGCAUCUUCUUUCGCUCACUGAUCAUGAUGAUAACAGUUAUUCAAAAAGUCAUCAUUGUGAUAUCUGCGAAGAAAGUCGAGAUCCAAAUUGUUGGUUUUAUCAUUGUGCAACAUGCGAUACUUCUGCUCAUGUUGAUUGUGUUCUUGGAAAAUAUCCAUUCCUCAAACUCGGGAGCAUCUAUGAAGAAACAGGUCAUCCACACCCACUCACCAUUGUGAAGAAGAAGUAUUACUACCCUGAUUGUGAUAAAUGCAGUAAGCCUUGUGAAGAUGUGGCUCUUGAAUGCUCUAAGUCGCAGUGCAAAUAUAUUGUCCACUGGAAUUGUGUAACACCCCGUUCUCUACAGUUUUAGUCAAAACGGCCCAUCUAGCAAUUCAGAUGUAAUCAAAUUUGAAACCUACUUCAUUUACAGGAAAACUCAAGAGUGGAACACAGGGUUUGAUCUUUACCUUGUUACUUGUGAUGUUAGUUGUUGUCAUCAUUAUAAUUUGAUUUAUCCGACUUUUUAAGUUUUAAAUAAAUAUCAUGUAAUAAUCUGGAGUUGAAACUUGUGUAGUUUGCAUUGGUGUUUAAUUGUUGAUAUUAGAUUUUCUUGUAAUUUGGGAGUGUAAUUGUACUUACAAUAAUAAAGCUGUUGUUGAAUGCU